GAUUGGCCUCGGCUCAGGGCCCGCUGCCGGCGUGCAGGCGAGGCUCGGGGCGCGAGGACCAAGCCUGGCAGUGGGUUCGCGAGCCAGGGGGAGGGGCCGGGCCGGUGGCGGCGGAGGAGGAGGAGGUGGCGGCGGGGGCCGGUACUGGGCCCGGCGGGAUGAGCGAGGCGGAGGCGGCAGUGGUGGCGACAGCGGCCCCCGCGGCCACGGUGCCCGCGACGGCGGCAGGGGUGGUAGCGGUGGUGGUUCCGGUGCCCGCAGGGGAGUCGCAGAAAGCAGGCAGCGGGGCGGGCGGAGUCGGAGCCGCAGCCUCCUCGGGCCCCGCUGCUGGGACCCCCUCGGCGCCGGGCCCCCGCACUCCUGGCAACCCAGCGACGGCGGCCUCGGGGACCCCCGCGCCCCCGGCCCGGAGUCAGGCGGACAAGCCGGUGCUGGCAAUCCAAGUCCUGGGCACUGUCAAAUGGUUCAACGUGCGGAAUGGUUACGGAUUCAUCAACAGGAAUGACACCAAGGAGGAUGUCUUUGUUCACCAGACAGCUAUUAAAAGAAACAACCCGAGGAAGUUUCUGCGCAGCGUUGGAGAUGGGGAGACUGUGGAGUUCGAUGUCGUGGAAGGAGAGAAGGGCGCAGAAGCUGCUAAUGUAACUGGGCCCGGUGGGGUGCCAGUGAAGGGCAGCCGCUAUGCCCCCAACCGACGUAGGUUCCGCCGAUUCAUCCCCCGGCCCCGCCCAGCUGCCCCGCCACCCAUGGUGGCAGAGGCUCCAUCGGGCCGGACAGAACUAGGCAGCGAAGGGGAGCGUGCUGAAGACUCCGGGCAGCGGCCCAGACGACGGCGCCCACCACCCUUCUUCUACCGACGGCGCUUUGUGCGAGGCCCUCGGCCCCCCACCCAGCAGCCGCCCAUAGAGGGCACUGAUGGGGCAGAACCCAAAGAGAGAGCCUCGUUGGAGGGGGACCAACAGCAGGGAGAUGAGCGGGUACCCCCACCCAGAUUCCGGCCCAGGUACCGAAGGCCUUUCCACCCCAGGCCACCCCAGCAGCCCACCACAGAAAGUGGGGAUGGCGAGACCAAGCCCAGCCAAGGCCCCACUGACGGUUCCCGGCCUGAGCCCCAGCGCUCACGAAACCGCCCCUACUUCCAGCGGAGACGUCAGCAGCCCCCUGGACCCGGGCGGCCCACAGCCCCAGAGACCUCGGCCCCCAUCAACAGUGGGGACCCCCCAACUGGCAUACCGGAGUGAUUCCAACUCGAAGGACACCCAGAGCCACCAUCUGGUAUCUGCCAGUUUUUCCAACUGACCUGGAUCCUACCCAGCACCUCCCUCCCCGCUUUCCCACAAUUCAUGACAUCGAAACACCAGCUUUUCCCCUUUUUCCUGGAGACUCAGGAGGGCCAAAGCAACAGCCUUUGGCUUUUUUUUCUCUCCCUGACCAAGAGUUAAAGGAAGGGAUCCAUCCUUAUAGUUCAGAGUCACCAACUCCCUCCCCUAAAUCAGGCUGAGAAGGAACCAGCCAGCUCUUACCUCCUCCUGGUUGUUUUUCUUUCCCCUCCCAGUUUAUUUUUUGUUUCCCCACUACCCCCUACCUCUGAAGCCAUUUUAUGAACCGUCAUGUGCCACCUGAGCCUCCAGUAAAAACAAAAACAGGCUUUCCUGUU